GUGACGUCACGGGGUCCCGGAUGCCGCGCGCGCGCGUGCGCGAGCGCGCGAGCAGCUGGCGACCGCCGGGGCCUCGUGUGGCGCUGCAGCCCCCCCCCCCCAUCACCACCACCGCUGCGCUCUCUCCUCAAUUCCCUCGCUCGCCGUGCCCUUUCCACCAUACUUCACCGCAAUUGACCUCGAUAUCUCAGCCGCGCUUGUUUCUCGUUCUCACCGACGAAGAGGUUUGUUUUGGGGGGGGGGCGGGGAGGGAAGGGGGGUGGAGUGUAAUCGUUUCUUGGUUAAAGAGAGGGCCCUUCAAGCGACUCUGGGCGAGAGAGCGCGUGCGUGUGUGUGUGCGCGCUUUUAGAUUAAAAUAAAAAUUCCCUCUAAAUCAUUCAGAUGCUUUAUUAACAUUUUAAACAGACUGGAAUAUAUCACCGGCUUAUUUUAAAAGAAAAAUCGUCAGAAAUAUACGCGUGGCGGUCAUUGCGAUUCGGAGUCUGCGCUUUGUGUGCCGUGGCCUAGCUCAAGCCCGUGGAGCCCACGGUCUUGCCUAAAUUCCUCCCCGGCGUUGCGGUCGAGGAAAUCGGCAGGAGAGAGCGAGGAGGCUCGCGCGUGUUUGUUGGAGUUACUGGGAUAGUUCGGUCCACCAUGAGACGGCGCAGCAUGUGAGCCAACCCGGCCCGAGUCAUUUGCGUCCGGGAGAUGCCACGGAGCCGGGCCGGGAACCCUUCGCGCCGCCACAGCCACGGGGAAAGGAGCUCGGCCCCGACAUCCGAGCAGUAGGAGGCGCGGAGGCAACAUGGGGGACAUCUACGACCCCCUGAAUCCCACAGAAGAAGACGAUAUAGAGCUAUCUCCUGAGCCGACGCCAAGUGUGCCUGUACAGAGCAGACCGACACCCGGGCUUCAGGCAGCCAGCCUUCAAGCACCUCAAAGGACGGGUGCAGUGCGGAACUCCAAAAUUGACUUGAAAAACAAGAGCCGACAAAAGAUCUGCUUCAGCAUCGCGCCAAACAAGAUCCUGAAGCUGCGACCUCUCGCCAUCGCCAAUGAAGCUGAGAAUCUGUGGGAGGAGAAAAAUCUGAGCCUCUCGACUCAAGAGGGUUCUGACAUGAACGCACCAAGCACUUCAUCGCAAGCGCCCGCGGUGGGGAGCGAAGGGGACCUCCCGAGUCCUGAUGCUCAGUUGAGCCAAAGUUUUACACCUCCAAAAGAGUUCAAAAUUGAAUGGAACAAAAUGCAUUACAAGAAGGCGCACCUGAUUGGAAAUGUUGCCAGAUCAGUUGAUCAGAAACCUGAUGGUGCGAACGCUGGUGGCGUGGAUGUGAGUGGUGGUGACGAUGAGACUUCCAAAGCUGUCGUUAACACUGAAGCAGCCGAAACGGGUGAUAAACUUGUGCUGGCUGAAAUAUCUUCAGAUUCUGAAUUGACUCCAGUGCAGCCAGUGUCCAGUGUCGUCAUAGCAGCUGAGAUUAUAGUUAAGGACACUCCAGAUGCUACAGAAUUAACAUUAACCACGAAGGAAAGUAAUUCUCAACAGACUGGAAAUGCUCAGAAAAGCGGUCAAAUAAUAGAGGUUUUACAAAACAGUGAAAGGUGCAAAAUUGUUUCUUAUAGGAACAUCAAGGUUGAUGUACAAUCACAAAAGGUGAAACGGAAGGCCAGUCGAUGGGACAUACCAAAAGAUGCUGAAAAGCCUGUAGAACAGACCAUAGACAGUCCCUUAAAUAAAGAUGCUUUGAGCUCAAACGUUUUGGCACCAAAAACAUCUGACAGUUUAGUGGGAACUAUGCAGUCUUGUUUGCCCACCACUGUUGUAGACGCGAGCAUUAUUGACGAAAGUAAAGAAGCAGUGCUUGAUUCUGAGCCCGAACACAAGACAGCCAGCGUAGCUUCUGCAUGCUCGGAUGUGAUUUCUUCAUCGCAAUUUAAACAGCCUACGCAGGUUGACGUAAUUUCACAAGAAAUGUGUGUUUCGAUUGAGAAAAAUAAUGACACUUCACUAAAUCAACCUGUGCAAUUUCAGAUGAGUACAGAAAAUGAUGUUCCUCCUGAGCCGCACGUUAGUGUAACCGAGAGUCCAAAAUGCAAUGAAGAGGCCGAUGAUGAGAAAGAUAUGACAGAGUCUUGCUCAAGCCAUUCUCUCUCAGCCAGUAGAAUGUCCAGCCCUACAGGUUCUGUUCAAGCUGACCCCACGCUUCCUUCGGCUUGCAGCAUGGAUGACGAAAGCACGCACAAAUCUGAUACAGAGUCCGAUUCAGAAGAUGAAAGCGAUGGGGAGUACAGGUACCCCAGAGUGAAGCUGCAGUCAGUUGUCGUCGUUCCUGCAACCUCACUAGCAGCUGCUGCCGAAGGUGACGGUCGCACACUUUCAAUUGUGCAUCAGAGUGAUAGCAGUUCCAAAGACAGCAGUGACGUGGAUGAAAUGCACAAGACGUCCGAUAAGGUGACCGAAAGUGACUCUACAGAUGGGAGCGAGAGUCCGAAAUGCCAACCCACAAACGAUGAGGUUGCUGAACAUCACUUGGAUAGCAGCAAGGCAGACACUGAGCAGACUAGUGAAAACAAAGAAAUGCACGGUGUUGAUGUUGAGGAACUUCAGAAUAAGCAAGACAAGGGGACGUGUGAACCCGAUGAAAAUAAUGACACAGUCGAGAAGUCUCAAGAACAGGAUCAUGUUGAGUUAGAGAAAGAGAUAAAUAAGGAUGAUUUGGAAGAUACAGAGAUGGCUGACGCAUCUGAUGACGUUACAAAUGUUGAACAUACUUCCGUAAUUGAUUAUGAAAAAACCACAUCCAUAAUAGAUAAAGAGACUGUUCAUGUGAAUGAAAUUUCACCAACUCCAUGUGUUACCAAACAGACCUUAGAUGUGGAAAAUAAGGAGCUGGAUACACUAGAAGUGAACAUCUCAACACCAUCAGGUGAAAAUGGUUGUUCGACUCCAGCAGCAGAUGAAAAACAUGUUGGGCAAAGUACGGAGGUUGUAAUUGAAAGCGUUGAUACAUCUGGAAAUGAUCCUUCUGUUGUUAAAAGCGAAUCCAUUGAUAUUGUAGAUGAAGCACAAAUUGACCCUUUGCAAACGUCUAAUAUUGGUACCUUGAGUCAUCCUAUUAGUGAAAAAUGUCAGGAAAAUAAAGAUGAUUCCAAAAUUGUAAAAUCACAAACGCAAGAAGUUUGUAGUAAAGACGGCCUGGAAAUGCAGCACAAGUCUGUGUCAAAAUCUGACACGAAGUCUGAAAAACAAGAGACUUCCUGUAAAGUGUUAGGAACUGUAGAAAAAACAAAUGUGCAGGGUAGCUCAAAGGAAAGGUCAGAAAGAAGUGGCGAUGGGAAACAAGGGUCCAGAGACGUUUCCAGCAGGCAACGCAACUCACUUGAUAGGCAGCGAAAAUCACAGGAUCGUUCAUCUGGACAAAGCAAGGCACAAGAAAGUGUAAGCCAUCGAGGUAGCUCAAAAGAGAAGUCUGAUGCACAUCGAAGGUCAGACCGCAGUCGAUCGAGAGACUGCACGGAGCGGAGUAGAGAUCGCGUACGCAAACCUAGCCGAUCAAGAGAGCAUGCAAGCCGGCGCAGCAGAUCUCGAAAUCGAAUGGAAAAAAGAAGUAGAUCCAGGGAGCGAGCUAGCAGACGCAGUAGAUCGAGGAACCGCUCGGACCGAUCCAGAGAUCGGCAAGAGCGACGCAGUCGUUCCAAAGACCGUCCAGAGAGGCGCAGCCGAUCAAAGAAUCGGUCUGACAGAUUGAGGGAUUGGCCUGACAGGCGGAGCCGGUCAAGGGAUCGUUCAGACAGACGAAGCAGGUCCAGAGACCGUUUGGAUCGAAGAAGCAGGUCCAGGAAUCGGUCGGACAAAGUCAGGGAUGUGGUGGACAGGAGAAGUAGAUCCAGAGGCCGUGCUAGGAGGAGUCGGGAGCGCGUGGAAAGACGAAGCCGAUCUCGAGACCGUUCAGAUCGCCGAAGCCGCUCAAGAGACCGAACUGAGCGCUUGGACAAAAGAAGCCGUUCUCGAGAUCGUACUGACAGGCGGGGUCGGUUUAUUGAGCGGACAAGAGGACGUUCGAGAGAUCGCACUGACAGAAGAAGUCAUUCUCGUGAUCGUAAUCUCAGGGCACACUCGAAAGAACGAGGAGGGGGAGGAGGCAGAAGCCGAUCGAGGGACCGAAGUGAUAGGCACACCAGCUUUAGAUCCGAAAGAAGGCAAAGUCCCACACAUCAUGAGCCUAGUAAAACAUCAAGCCAAUCUUCACAGAAUCACUCAAGAGAUGCCCCUGAAAAACGCGACUCGGGAGACAAAUCAGGACACCCAACGUCAUCGUCAUGUUCUAAUUCCGCUGCAGAAAAUCGUCACAGUAGUCAUAAGACUUCGGAGAGUUCAAGUUCUAAGCAACAUUCAGCAAGCGGUGUGAGUGAUAGAAAAUCAAUGGAAGAAAAAUCAAGCAGUCACAUGACGACAAAACAAGAAGGCAGUUAUAAAACUCAGUCUUGGGUUCCAGAGAGUAGACAUGCUCCACACCAAGAACAAACUGGUGCCAAAACUAAUUCUGGGCCAGCUUUUGACACUCAGUCGGGUUUAUUGAAAAGCCAUGAAAGCAGCCAUCAACAGAUAAAUAACCCGACACAACAAGCUGGCAACAUGCUAAUGCAGCCAGAUAGGUGGAGUACAACCAAACCAAAUCAGGAUUUCUUUAUAAAUUCUCAGAAUGUGUGUCAGUACUCGGAGGUAGCCUAUCAAUUUAACACACCUUAUUGUCAGGCAGACUUUCCUGUAAAUCACAUUUCUCAAGAUGAGUUGUAUUACAACCAACAGUUGGGGUUGAACAUGAUUAACAUGCAUUUUCAGCAUGGACCUGGAAUGGCUGGAGGUAAUGCUUUACUUGCUGGUCAGGCUCAUCCCCAUCAAGGACCCAUGCCUUUUAAUCAACAAAUGUUGCACAGCGCACCAUCAAAUAACUUUGCACACAAGACGUUGCUCCCAAACCCUCGGGGUAACAAUUUAGAAGUUCCGUCCUUAAUUAAGGAAGUUCCUUCUUUAAUUAAGACCGAGAAACCCAACAGUGACCUGGAGUUGUCUUCCAAAAGAGACAAAAGUAAUGAAAAUGAGCAGGACUCCAAUAAACAGGAAAAUGAAAAUAAUUUUUCUCGCGACACAGCAAAAAAAGAGGUGAAAGAUGAGUCAAAAUUGCAGCAGGGCAAAACUCCAAAAACACGCCGGAGAAGAGUUAUCUCGGAUUCUGAAUCUGACAGUGAAACCGACUUUGGAGAUGCGAAACUAGACGGCACCACGGAUGGGGAGACCAAUAAGCAGACGGAGGUUUUUGAGGAGCUCAAUUGGCCAAUGGAGAAUUUUGAAGAUGCUGCCAAGUGGAAGGCGAUGGCAGCUGAAGGAAGAAUGCCUUCAUAUUUCGACAUUCUUGGAGAGAACCAUUAUCUGUCGGAAAGGAAAAAAUCUAAAUCUCAUCGAGACAUCAAGAAAAUGAAGUGUGAAUGUUCCAUGUCGGAGGAGGAGCGAGAACAGGGACUGGUUGCGUGCGGAGAGGACUGUCUGAAUCGCCUGCUCAUGAUCGAAUGCUCAUCGCGUUGUCCAACGGGAGAGUUGUGCACCAACCGGAGGUUUCAGAAGCGCGAGUAUGCUAAGGUGGAGGUCUUCAAGACGGACAAGAAAGGCUGGGGCCUUCGCACCUCCGUAGACCUACAAGCAGGCACCUUUGUUCUCGAGUACUGUGGUGAAGUGCUUGACUACAAGGAGUUCAAAACGAGGGCCAAAGAGUACGCGCGCAACAAGAACAUUCACUUCUACUUCAUGGCCUUGAAGAAUGAGGAGAUCAUAGACGCUACGCUGAAAGGAAAUUGUUCAAGGUUUAUGAAUCACAGCUGUGAUCCCAACUGUGAAACACAAAAGUGGACGGUGAACGGUCAGCUGAGAGUUGGCUUCUUUAGCAGGAGGUUAGUUCCUGCUGGCACGGAGUUGACCUUCGACUACCAGUUCCAGCGAUACGGGAAAGAGGCCCAGAAAUGCUUCUGUGGCUCCGCCAACUGCCGAGGGGUGCUUGGCGGGGAGAACCGCACAAGUGUGCGUUCAUCCGUGGGGAAGGGUCAGCGGGCAAAGGAGAAGGAUCGCGCGAGGAAAAAGGACUCUCUGGACGAGGAGCUGGAAAGCCUGCAGGAGAGCGGAGAGGGCCUGACUCACCAGCGGGAUGUGCUGUGCCUCUUGCGUCUCAUGGUGCGCACAGAAACCAUGGAACAACGCCACACCUGUUUACAGAUCCUGCAGAACACACAGUCACAAGCUUGCCUGAAGCACUUCCUGGAAUACCACGGGCUGCCACUUCUGUGGAGCUGGAUGGCGGAGGCAGGGGACAUCCGAGGCAUUUCCAGCACCAUCGCCAAGCUGCAGAUUGAGAUCAUCAAGACGUUGCAGCACCUUCCCAUUCCAAACCGCACUAUCCUGGAGAAGAGCAAAGUGCUGGGAGUCAUCGAGCGUUGGGCCAGCUGCAGCCCGGGCCUGGCACCUGCGGCGGAAGUGGACGGCUACUCAAGCGAGAACGCAUCUCAGGCCAUGAGCGCGCGCAACAGCCCGGCACCGCUCGAACUGAGUCGCUCGCAAGAGCUGCGCAAGACACUCGACGCCACUAGCAUCGCUGGCAGCCCUGUGCAGUCAGAGGCCGGCAGGGCAGCCGACGUGGUCAAGCCGACGGACCAAGGCCAGGGCAAGGCGCCCGACGGCAGCAAGGCGAUGGACGGCAGCCUCAAGACGCGGCUGUACCGGAGGCUGAAGCUGUUCAACGAGAGCAGCACAGACAGCGUGGCAUCCGACGUGAGCAAAGUGUCUGACGGAGAGGAGGAGCCGAAGGACGUGGCGGAGGUGGAGGUAGAGGUGAAAGGCCAAGAAGCUGUGGGAGGAGAGCCACAGGAAGAGAAGAUUGAGUCUGAUGAAAAGGAACCUAAAGAAGAACUUGAGCAAAAAGUUGAGGAAGUUGAGAAAGUUGAGAAUGAAGAAAUAAAAGUAAAGGAAGAGAAAGAGGAGGCUGAAACAUUGCAGCCAGAAGAACAGACAGAAGUGAAAGAAGUGAAGGAGGAGGUUGUGCCUGUUCCAGAAGAAGAGAAUGAAAAAGAAGAUGAAAAAAAUCCUGUCAAGAAGGAAGAGAUGAAGGAUCAAGGGGAGACUCUCAAGAUGGAGGUGGAGGUUGGUGAGGAAACUCCACCUCAGAUAGUUACUCCCUGCCAGGAGAAGGAACUGGCAGCCGUCGAGAACCCUGAAACAAGUGCGGCACCGGAACAGCCGUCAGAGAAGGAAGACUGUGCAGAGAAUGUGGACACUCUAGCGAUAGCACCAGUCAGGGAGAUUGGCUCGCACGAUGAAGAGGAAGCUGGCUCGGAUGUAGAGAGCGAGAGGAGUCAAGAGCCCGACCACCACAGCCCCGUUACCAUCGCCCAGCUGGCCGUCAAGCUGCUGCACAGCUGGAAGGACCUUAAGGAAGUGUAUAGGAUUCCCAAAAAGAGCAGACCGAAGUCGGACCAUGGUAGAAAAGCGCAUGGGAGAGAUGGAACCAGCAGCCGGGACCGAGAAAGCACAUCCCGAGAUUCAGGUGACAAGAGAUCGACUCCAAGAGAGCGGGACAGGGAGAAGCGUAAGGUUCAGACACCCUCCUCUUCCUACGACAAACUCGGAGUCAAGAGGCAGCACUCCGCAGAGAGGUACGACCCCGACCUUGGAACCCCUGCCAAGCGGAAGCCGCCGCCACCUCCGAACGGGCCCAAGCUCACGACGGAAGAGCGGCGCCGGCUAUUUGAGCAGCGGGCCGCCGAGGAGGAGGCCCAGAAGCAAGUGGUCUUCAUGCAGCAGCAGCAGGCGGCGGCGGCAGCGGCUAUGGCUGCCGCGGGCCUCUUCCAGCCGUGCGACACCAACUUCAUGACCUCGUACUCGCCCCAAGUGCAGCAGCAGCAGGCGUUCCAGCCCGGCUACGCUCACGGCUACGCGGUGCACCCUCACCUGGAGCAAAGCCAGCACGUCAACGCUCGCAAGGUGCUCCUCCCCACGCCCAGCCCCACGCAGGUGGACUCUGCGGGCAAUCCGGUCCUUGUGUGCUACGAGCAGGACCCCUCGGUGAUGCAGGUGGCUCAAGAUCCUAUGGACCUCACUCGAGUGGAAGCCCUGUCCCAGCCUCUCCCCGUUGUCAUGCAGCAGAUUCAGCAGCAGCAGCUUCAGCAGCUGCAGCAACAGCAACUGCAGCAGCAGCUCCUGCAACAACAGCUUCAACAGCAGCAGCAGCAGCAGCAAUACCCGAAUGCGCAGGACACGGCCACGUUGCUGGCCAUGGAUCCCGCCAUCCUACCGGCGGCGAUGGCGGGCGGUGUGCAAGUGCAGGCGACAGCGGCAGGGUGGGACGCCGCGUAUGCCGCCAUCCCGCAGCAGUAUGUGGCGGCCGGACAGCCACAGCAAACCAUCGUGUACCAGGCACAAGCCGUUCCGCAGCAGCAGCCGGCGUACACCGCCGCUACGCAGUUUGCUCAGCAGCAGUCCGUACAGGCCACGUAUGUGCAGACGGGAGCAGGCUACGUGCAGCAAGGCCAGCAAUACUACCCCGCCACGGCCCAGCCUGUGGUGCAGGCUGCCCCGGGGGCGCCAGCCGUCGCCGUGGCUUACCAGCAGCCCAUCGUCAUGGAGACCGUUCAGCAGCCGACCCAGACAGCGAUGAUAGCCACGUGCAACGUCAUGGAGCUGCCGCCGCCGUCCCCACCCAAGCCCAAGGUCAUCAGCCUGCCGCCAAACUGGAGGACGGCCACCGACCAGGAGGGCAAGAUCUACUACUACCACGUGGUGUCGCGGGUGACCCAGUGGGACCCGCCGGCAUGGGAGGGCGACUCGGACGAGGUGGGUGGUGACCGCGAGUCGGAGAUGGACUUGGGGACGCCCACGUACGACGAGACACCUACCAAGGCAUCAAAGAAGCCCAAGACUGCAGAAGCAGAUACGUCCAGCGAGCUGGCCAAGAAAAACAAGGAGACCUUCAGGAAGGAGCUGUCUCAACUUAUCGUGCACUGCCUCAAUGCAUUCCGCAAGCCGGACUGUAAAAUAGGAAAAAUCACAAAUACCGAAGAUUUCAAGUAUCUGGCCCGCAAGCUCACCCAUGGUGUCAUGAGCAAGGAGAUGAAGUUGUGUCGAAACCCAGAGGACUUGGAGUGCAAUGAGAACGUGAAACACAAGACAAAGGAGUACAUAAAGAAGUACAUGACCAAGUUUGGGGCCGUGUACAAGCCGAAGGAUGAACCUGCUGACCCCGAGUGAUAGCGCGCUCUCAUUUUUCAACAAUAUCAACCGGUUGUCAGUAGGGUUUGGUUGGAUCGUGAAGAGCAAUUAAUUUCCCCCAUGCUCUUUUAAUCACUAGGUGCGCAAGGGUUUUAACUUGAGGUUUCUUCAUGUCAAUUCCUUUUUUUUUUUGUUACAGGGUUAAUGUACAUUGUGUACAGGUGCAAGUCCCCAGCAGCAGCAUUGUAACUGUAGAUAGGAAGCCCUUGCACAUACGCUGUAAAAUAAAUGCAAUUUUAACAUCUGGUUUGUAAUAAGAAAAAUAUUUUUACAAAUUAUAUCCUUGGAUUUCUAAAGAGAAUCCUUUUUACUGUAAAGUAGCACGCAGCGAGCACUACGGCGGCGUGUCGGUAACAAGAAGGCCGUAUGUGUCCGGUAAGCGUACGGCAAAACCGCGCCUGUCCGUUUGUGGUGCUUGCCCGGGAUUGGAUAUCGGGGGCUCCUCAGUAUUUCACUGUCUUUAAAGGAUUUCUUAAUAGGCACUGUUCCCAUUUGCCUGCAGCGUGUAGCUUACGGAGAGCAUUGUUAAUUACACAGGGGGUGGAUAAGUGUACAGAUAACAGAACCAUGUGUCAAUUAGGAACAUUUCCACCAAACACUAAAUGGUGUGUUGAAGGAAAUUUUUGUAUUUCAAUGCGCACAUUUUUUUGUAAAUUAAUAGGCCGUAUAACGUACCCGCUUUGGCAGGCUUAACCAUCACAUGACGCUUGUAGUAUAAUUCUGAUGCAUCCGUAUAUAUGACGUGACUGAGAAAAAUAAUUUUUAUUCAAUCAGGUAUCCAUGAGAUUUUAUUUAAGAUCUACAAGUUUUAAACUUAGGAAGCAUUUUAACUCAGUAAUUCGUGCAAACAUAUAAACACAUUCCUUGGCAUUUUUGUUUGGGAAGUAAAAUUAAUGUAAGUUAUUUUACUGGUUAAUCCUGCUUAGACUUGGUGCUGAAAAAGGUGAACUGUUAGGUGUUUUUGUAAUGGAUUGUAAUAUUAUUUUUCAACUGGCCUGUGAUUUGUACAAAACCUUGAUGUAAUAAGAUUUAAAUAAAAGGUUUGGGGCUCUGUCUUAAUAGCCCAGUGUAUCGUAUUGAAUCUGGGAAGUGGGGACCUCAAUUCGGAGCCAGGCAGGAGUGUAAUGCCACGUUUCCACGACCACUUGGAAGAGUGCUGGCUCAGUUUGCAAACUGGGCUCGCUGGUUCGGCCCCAAUUCUUACAGCAGCCCAACUGAGCCAACCCAACGCCAAGAAGGCUUAGUAAGUGUGUUCACGAGUCAAUGUUGAUCAGAAAGCAGCACAUAAGAGGCCAACGUGACAAUGAGACUUGCAUUCAAUGGCAUACCUUCAACUUUAGGGCUGUGUUUUUGUUAAAAACAGCCUGGCAGAAAUUUACCAAAAUAUAUAUUGGCUUGGGAUAGACUUAAUGCAGCUUAACAUUUUUUUAAAGAUCAGAUCCAGUUGCAGGAGGCCGAGAGGGGGAUGAUGCAUGCCUGGCUUGCAGGGCCGCGUUUGUGGAGCUUCACAGCUCAUAACGUGGAGAGCCCUAAUCUGUGUCGUGCUGUUAAUCCCAGAGCAGGAAAAUGGACUGUUACUGGACAAUGUCCAGCACGCUUACUAAUAACGUUGUGGAAAUGUGGCAUAAGAAUAACAACUACCUUUGCGAGUGUUUGUAGUGCAUGGUGAUUUUUUUUCAAUACAUUUUCAUUUGUCAAAUCAUAAUGGGUGCUACCACAGGAAACAAUUCGAUAACAUCAAAUGGUACUGAAUUUUGGAAAAUUUUAGACCCUAAAAGAUAUGAGAGAUGAUUUUUUUUACGCUUGAUGUUGGAUUUAUUCCAAUGAAAUGUAGAACAUUGUAAAUUUUGCUUGCUUUUCAAUUUUUUCGGUUUGCCGAGAAAACCAUAUCAAUUUGGCAUGUCUGCCCACGUGACAAUUUGAUUUUGAUUGGCUCUUUCGGAUGAUUGGCUCAGAUCAGGAUUAACAGUAAAACAAAAUCACAUACCUACACAUGAUGUAACCCAAAAUAAAUAAACCCCGAGUCAUAAUAUUGGCCAUGAAAGCCUUCGUAUAAAAUGAGAUGAGCGUUGAGUCAAUAUGUCUAAUUGCAACGAUGUGCAUGGCCACUUUUGAAGACAGCGUUAUGGCCGGUCUUUUGGCACCUUGUGGUGGAUGGGAGGUGGAUUGUUAUUGGUGGAUGGAUGAGCACGUUGGGUUUUGAUUGAUGAAAGAAAAUGGCAUUCCAUGCUUGAUAGCUAACUGAAAAGAUUCACUUGUUUCCACCAUCUGGCCACAUGUGAACAACUUAAUGAUGUUAUUUUUAAUUGAUUUAUUUUGGGUCCUAUCGCAUAAAUAAAAAAAUGUCGUUAAAACCUCCUCCACCCGACAAGUCAAUACAGUUGUCACGUGUGAACAAACAUGUCAAUUUACUACCAGUUCUCAUUUAAAUGUCAGAUUGCUCUCCAACACUCGGUGUGCUGAAGCAGUAAUACAUUUGCACGUUAAAGUGACAAUUGUAUUAAUUGGCUGUGUUGGGUGGAGGAGGGUUUACGAUACUUUAUUCAUGCAACCCGACCCAAAGCAAUAUUGGUCGCGAAAGCCUACGUGUUAAACUAAAUUUUGUGUUUAAAGAGGAAUAAGGUGAUUUGUUUUUCCUGAUAAUUACGUUUUGAAAUUUGUCCAGUUUUCACAGAAGAUAUAUAUUAUUAUUACAUGAAACAUACGUUUAACAAAUUGAAUGUGUGUGCGUGUGUUUUGAAUCAAAUAUGAAAGACAAAAAAAUAAAACAUCAGGAAGAAUUUCAAA